CCCACGUCUAGGGAGCAUCCGGCGCUCCUGCUCCUCGUUGCCCGGGGGAAAGGCAGGCUGUGAGAGGGGAACUAAUGAAGUUGUGGACUGUUAAAACCCAUCCCCCGUGUCCCUGGCGAACACACCUAUUGCUCCCCUGUCUUCGGGACCAGCCUGUGUCUGAAUGCUCAGUGACAACGUCGUGUGACGGGGCAGGAUUCCAGCCAGAAGGUUUCUGUUUUUCUCUGGCUUCUUGGCUCAUUUGCUGUGAACAGUGAAAGGGAAAGGGAAAAUUGUCCCAGCUGGGGCGGGUCUGAAGCCUUCAGCCCACUGCACGCUGGAGGAGCUGGAAGAAGAGGGAGAGUUUCGCUGCCGGCUGCCCCCACGCUCUGCAGUUCUCGCCUCUGGAGUCCAGACUGUAGUGCCGGGCUAGCAGGAAGGUUGCAGGAGGAGCAGCCACUGGGUGAAGUAGGAAUUUCCCAAGCAUGCGGCUCGUGCAUUUCACCUCACCUUAGAUCGUCACCAGAGAACCAGCGUUAGGGGCACCGGGCAAACCACGGCCGGCAGCUCAGCGUCAUUACGGCUGGAGAACCUGAGUCCCUCUGGAACGUGUCCCGUGAGCUGAGGCAACACACCGCCAGGACCCGAGGGGUCUGGAAAGGCCAGGUGUGAAAUCAUAAUGUGUCAUAGCAACGGGAAACCCCACUACCAUGUCGCUGAGCCCACAGGGGAUGUGUACCUGGCCAGGUUACUCUCCUGUCCCCAGCCGCUGAGCAUGGAGACCCUGCAGGGUGUGCGGGAUGCACUGGAGACUCAGGGAGUGCUGGACGAGGAGCUGGGAGCCUGCUUUGAGCGGGCCCUGGCAGAGUUUCCCCAGGAGCCCCCGUGUGUGCAGAACAACGCAGAGAUGGUGAUCCAGAGCGAUGAGACUGAGCUGACGUUCCUCUCUGGGAAGGGCAAAUGUAAGAUCAGGAUCUCUGACAAUGGUGCCUGCUAUGAGGUUAAAGAGCCAACGGCCCAGGUGUACCUGGCCAGGUUAAAGUCCCGUCCCCAGAAGCUGAGCACCAAGUCCCUGCAGGGUGUGCGGGAUGCGCUGGAGAAGUGGGGGUUGCUGGACGAGGAGCUGGGAGCCUGCUUUGAGCAGGCCCUGGAGGAGUUCUCCCGGGAGCCCCACUGUGUGAAGCGCAACGCCCGGAUGGUGAUCAGGCAUGAGCACACCGAGCUGGUGUUUGUGUCAGGCCAAGGGGAAUGUAAGAUCACUGUGUCCGAAGGUGAGAGGGAGCCCUGCUAUGAGGUGGAGGAGCCCACGGUGACGGUGUAUCAGGAGAGGUUACGCUCCCGCCCACAAAGGCUGAGCGUGGGGAACCUGCAGAGAAUUCGCGACAGGCUGGAGUCCUGGGAGGUGAUGACCAAGGAGCUGAGACGCUGCUUCGAUCUGGUGCUGAGGGAAUUCCCCAAAGAGCCGGAGUGCGUCCGGGACAACCCCAGGAUGUGCGUCGCCUGGGACGAGACAAAGCUGCGACUGGUGUCUGAAGAUGGGGACUGCGAGGUCUCCGUGACCUGCUGUGAUGGGAAGCCCAGCUACGAGGUGAAGGUGAAGAGCUGGGCGAUGUAUCGGGAGAAGAUGCGUCUCUCUGAAAGGCUGCUGAGCACUGAGAACCUGCAGAGUGUGCGGGGAGAGGUGCGGGGUCUUUCAGGGGCUCCCGAGAAGGUCAAGGAGGCCUUGAACGUGGCCGUUAGGGAUUUCUCCGCUGAGCCGCGCUGCCUGCAGGAGAACGCCCGGCUGGUCAUUGAGUGCGACAAGGGUGAGAUGGUCUUUGUCUCCGGGAAAGGGGAGAAUACUGUGGAUGUGUGCGUCAUCGAUGGGAAGGUCAGUUACAGUGUUGCAGCCACCAAGUGUAUGACUUUCCUUAGGAUGUUCCUGAAACUACCCUCCAAGAUCCCUGAGGCCUUGAAGAUGCUCAUCCCCAUCUUAGCCCAAUGCCUGCUGUGAGAUGACUGGCCCAGACCCCACUCACCUCCCUGAGCUGGGGACAGAGCCCAGGCACAGGCACGCAACCCCUGGAUCUGCUCCAGGCCCCACCUGCACUCCAUCCCUUCCCCCAAGGCCACACCUCCACCCUAGUCCCACCUCUUCCCACCCUGUUCUGCCCUUGUCCCCCAGCACACCACAUCCUCUCUCCCCUUCCUCCCAACCUCCUGCAUGCCACCAAACAGCUGUUUGCAGCAGGUGAGAGUGGGGUGAAGGGAGUAGGAGGUGCUGAUAGGCGGGCUGCCAGUGGGUGCUCAGCAUCCACCAUUUUCCUCUCAUGGGUGCUCCAAACCCAGACUACCCACAGAGUUGGUGCCUAUGAACCCAGGAGUCCUGGCUCCCAACCCCUCCUGCUCUAACCACCAGCCCCCACUC